ACGGUUAUCGUUUUGCUACGCAAGCAUCGCGGGCCACUACGUUCUUGAAACAUCUGACAUUUCGCCAGAGAUUUCACCGUUAAUACUUCAUUUUUGCUCUCUUUGACUGAGUAGGAUUGUCAUUUAUGACAUUGACCCUCGUUGAAUGUGAUAUUUUGGGAGAAACAACCUUGUUUAUUCGUUAAAUCUCAGCAGAAACAUUGGGUCUGAGUUCGUACGAUCGUGUAUUUGACUGGAGUAGCGUGACCCUACUUUGCAUGUUAUUGACAUUUUUUAUGCAAAUCGCGAGGGUGAAGUUGUUUACAUCGCCAAAUCGCACGUGCAACGUUGUGCAGAUGCGGAUGCCGCUCUCAUGUCUCCAACGAAAUCAUGUCGGCAAAGGUAUUGGAAGCUAGCCCGGAAUCGGGCUCCCGGAGUGAUCCAUUUUCAAGUAGCAGUGCUAGUAUUUAUGUGCCAGGAACACUGAAAAAUGCUAGAAUAGGAGGAACAAGUUGUGGGCUGGCAGUCGUGGUAGAGAGCGCAACCAUGGCCACCGAACAUGUGGGGAGUCUGACUGCCCGAACUCUCCCGUCACACACGCUGGUCACCGGCGGUGGUGUUGGAGGAGCCGCGGGAGCUGGCCGCAAGCGACAUCACAGCACAUCAAAGUCAGCUGGGCAAAUAAAAAGGAGAAGAAAAACGUAUGAAAGAAAUGGAUCGCAACCGAAAUUUCUUCUGGGAGGUUCUAUCACCGAUCCUUUGAAUUUGAACAGUCUCGAUGACGAAGAGAUUUCCAAAAUUGCGAAUGCAGUCACUCCAGCUUGUUCACCUCUUCCUCAAAUUAAUAAGGACCCUGAUCCAAUCAUAGUUCCGCAAGAUUUCAAAGAUCCUCUGAAAUUGAAUACAGCUGAUGACAACGAAGAAAACUCUCCGCUCACCAAAACUCUGGUGUCCAGAAAAUCAUCAGGAAAGAAGAAGAAAUACCACAAUAGUGGUGAUGCAAAGCGUGAUAGCAUUGAAUCAGUGGGAAAUUCUGAUAGAGAAGGGGAAAGCUCUUGUACCAGGCCAUUAUGGCUCGAGUUGCAAAAUAGUAAAACCACAAAACUCGCAAACAAAAUUGUUUCUCCAGUUCUUCCAGACUCGAGAGGACGCAAAAGGAAAGCUAGUCGGACAGAGCCUAGUUCAAGACUGGCUAAAGCUCUGCUUAUCGAUGAUUUACUGCCACAGCCACAGCCAAAAGCAAAGAGCAGUGAGCCGGAACUAAAAAGAUCGCGAAAGUCGCCAGAGGUAGUCAACAAGUUUAGGAGACAACAAAGCCAUGAUUCGAAAACAUCUAAGCACCUGCCAAAAUUCAGAGAACAGGACAAGAAAUUCCAGUACGGCAACUACGCACGUUACUAUGGUUACCGUACGCCAAAUAGUGAUGACAAUCGCAUAGACCUGUUCAAACAUGAAUGGUUUGAAGGCAAAAAGUGUUUAGACAUCGGAUGUAACUCUGGUCAUGUGACACUGGCCGUUGCGAAACUGUUCAAUCCGUCAAGUAUUGUUGGUGUAGACAUUGAUGGAAACUUGAUUGGAGUUGCCAGGAAGAAUGUGAAGCACUGCCUUGAAGAACUGUUCAGGGAGAAGAAAGGCAAAGGACGUGUGAACUUUCCAGUUUCCCUGCAGAAGACAUAUGGACCUUUGACACCGGCUGCAUCCACUUCAUCACCAGCUGAAAGAGAAAAAUCAUCAUUUCCAGGAAAUGUCUUGUUUAGAUGUGCUAACUUUGUUUUGAAGGAUGACUCCUUGUUAGAAACUCAGAAAGAGGAAUACGACACCAUCCUCUGCCUCAGUGUCACUAAAUGGAUUCAUCUGAAUUGGGGCGAUGCGGGCAUCAAACGCUUCUUCAAGCGCAUCUAUAGGGCGCUUCAUCCCGGUGGUAGACUCAUUCUAGAACCGCAGGCAUGGCAGUCGUAUCAGAAGAAAAGGAAAAUGACGGAGACAACCUAUCAUAACUACAAUGAGAUUCGUUUCAAGCCAACAGAGUUCAAGGAGUACUUACUGUCCCAAGAAGUGGGUUUUACAAGCUGUGAAGUCAUUGGGACUCCCGUAAACAAGUCCAAAGGGUUCAGACGUCCCAUGAUGAUGUUCACCAAGCUACAGACGAUCAGUCGACCAGUCAGCAGAAGACCCUCUACAGAGAAGCCACCUGCAACUGUGACCUCAAGCGUAACCUCAUCCAUUCCUGCGAUCCCUCAUCGACCACUGACGCAACAACAUGUUGGGUCUUCCACCCCCAAGACGGCCGUUGUUGGAGACAAGAUGAAGCCAAAGGCGAAGGAAGAGCCUGCUGUGGAUAUUCUGGCAGGAGCUGAUCCUAAACCAGUGAAGCAGAAGGCAAAGGAAGAGCCUCCUGUGGAUAUUCCUGCAGCUGCAGAUCCUUCACCUGUGGCAAAGCUAAAGGUAAGCUCUUCAGAGACUGCAGGUAUUGGACAGGGUGUAAGGUCCAGGGUGAUUCAGGAGCCAAAGGAGGAACCGAUUCUGGAGGAGAGGGGCAAAACUGAGGCGAUGGAGGCUACAGAGAUGGAGAUUAAAGGUUUUCAAGCGGAAGAGGGUGGUACUGCCACAACAGUCAAGCCUGAGGAUGCUACACAUGAUGCAAUCGCUGAAACAACUCAAAAGUCAGAACCUGAGGUGAUUCGGGAGAAAGGAGACACCACCGCAUCUUCAGUGUCAUCAUCAUCUAGGACACCAGAACUGGAAACAAAGGAGGAUGAAUAGGAUUUGGGGAGUAAAAGGGAUUGUAAAAGCUCCACUUAAACGGUUUCCUGAAAGAAUAUCACAAGAUGAACACACUGAAAUUUUAAUCAUACAUAUCAUGCACAUACUUGCACUUUUGGGCAGCAAAACAGAAAUUAUGGAUUAAUGGAGGAUAUUUGUUUGUUAAUUUGAGAGUGAAAACACCACUUUUCUUUCUCUGAAACACCAACUCUUGAUUGGAAGUGAGAUUGGAAAAAUUAAAAUUCUCACUGUAUUGUUUAAUCUUGUUAAUUGUUUUGAUCUUUUGUCUUGUCUGUUACAUGUGAGGAAAUUUUUCUGGUGCAUUCUCAACAAAGAAAUCUUUCUAAAGUAACUGGAAAAAAAGAAGAUAAUUGGAAAUUAAAAUCGAAGAAAAUCUAUUAAAAAUUCAGCGAGAAGGUGAUGCUUGACUUAAAGUAUGCAGAUGUCACAUCUAAUAAAAAUUACAUGCUGGUUUACAAGAACCACUAUUAUCAAUAGUUUGACAGUUUUGAAAUUACAAAUUUUCAAAAAUGAAUGCAUGUUAGUUUAUAGACAUGAAAAUUAAAAACAUGCACAUGUAUUGAACCUAGUAGAAACAAGCAUUUUCUGGCAAGAUAUGGUCACAUAUUUUGAUUCCCCAAACUUGUCCGUUUAGGGGGUAAUUUGGAGAUCUGGAAAAAACUGAAACAACAAGAGCCACACAUCCAUAUAUCAUAUAAAAUCAGGGGUGUAUAACUGACACAAAUCAACUGCAGCAGAUCCAGUAGAGUUAGAUAAGUUUGUGGAGCAUUGUGGCCCAGUGGAUUAGUCUUCUGACUUUGAAACAGAGGGUUAUGGGUUCGAAUCCCAGCCAUGGC